AGUUACUUCGGGUUGGCUGGGUUUGCGCUCAGCAGUCGACGUUGAGAUAAAGACAGAUUGUGCCAGUGUUUACCUCUAGUUUAUUUGAAAAUUCAGUGAUAAUUUACAAGUGUAUUUUUUUCAGUGAACGAAAACACAACGAGACUGACUAUAAAAGACAGCGGAAAUGUUUAUAGACGAGAACGAAACGCCAGAGUCAUGGUGGGUGUCGGCUGUGCUGCAGACGAUCCGCGCCGUUGUCCUCGUGUACGAUAUAUUGUCAUUCCCAAUACACCUAAUCCUUCAAAGGCCAUGGAGGAAACGGUCGAUGUCAAGACGAAUUAAGGCAAGCAUAAUAGAAUCGUCGCCGGACAGUAUCACGGUGCGGUCGGUGUCCACUGCGUGCGCGCUGCACCAGCGGCUCGUGCGCGACAACGUGACGACUAUGGAGAGCAUGCUGCGCGCGGCGGCGGCGCGCUGGCAGGAGCGGCCCUGCCUCGGCACGAGGACCGUGCUCAGCGAGGAGGACGAGCCCCAGGCGAAUGGGAGGGUGUUUAAGAAGUACAACAUGGGCGACUACGUGUGGCGCUCGUUCCGCGACGUGGAGCAGGAGGCGCGCUGGUUCGCGGCCGGGCUGCACGAGCUCGGCUGCCAGCCGCGCCAGAACGUCGUCAUGUUCGCGGAGACGCGCGCCGAGUGGAUGGUCGCCGCGCACGGAUGCUUCAAGCGGAGCAUACCCGUGGUCACAAUCUACGCGACCCUCGGCGAUGAGGCCAUAGCGCACGGCAUCAACGAAACGGAGGUGUCCACAGUCAUCACCACGCACGAUCUGCUGCCCAAGUUCAAGAAGAUCCUCGCCAAAACGCCCAAGGUGGAGACCAUCAUCUUCAUGGAGGACCAGCUGAAGACCACGGACCGGGAUGGCUUCAAGCCGGGCAUCAAGAUCGUCGCGUAUAAGGAGGUUAUCGAGAAGGGGAAGCAGUCGAAAGUCGAGUCCCACCCGCCGCUGCCGUCCGACACGGCCAUAGUGAUGUACACUUCCGGCUCGACCGGCGUGCCCAAGGGCGUAGUGUUGUCCCACAGGAACAUGGUGGCCACGCUCAAAUCGUUCGCGGACGGAGUGCCGAUUUAUGAUGAUGAUAUGCUGAUGGGCUUCCUACCCUUGGCGCAUGUGUUUGAACUGCUCGCUGAGAGCCUGUGCAUUAUUGGAGGUGUGCCAAUCGGAUAUUCCACACCGCUGACGAUGUUGGACUCGUCGAGCAAGAUCAUGAAGGGAACGAAGGGAGACGCGACUAUCUUGCAGCCAACUUGCAUCACCACUGUACCUUUAAUAAUGGACCGUAUUAGCAAGGGCAUAACGGACAAAGUGUCUCGCAGCGGCGAGUUCGCGGGCGCCUUCUUCAAGUGGGCGUACGCGUACAAGCAGGGCUGGAUGAAGCGGGGAUACGACACGCCGAUACUUAACACUAUUGUAUUCAAGAAGGUGCGCGCGCUGCUGGGCGGGCGCGUGCGGCUGAUGAUCGCGGGCGGCGCGCCGCUGGCGCCCGACACGCACACGCAGGUGCGCCUGUGCCUGUGCUGUGACGUCAUCGCCGGCUACGGCCUCACCGAGACCACCUCCUGCGCGACCAUCAUGGACCUGCUCGACCGGUCAACCGGUCGGGUGGGGGCUCCCACCACGGGCACAGACAUCAAGCUGGUGAACUGGGAGGAGGGCAACUAUCGCGUUGGCAACAAACCAUACCCUCAGGGUGAGAUAGUAAUAGGCGGUGACAGCGUAGCCGAAGGGUAUUACAAGAACCCGGAGAAGAGUCGAGAGGAGUUCGUAGACGUGGGCGGGCGACGCUGGUUCCGCUCCGGAGAUAUCGGCGAGCUGCAUCACGAUGGCUGUAUUAAGAUUAUCGACCGCAAGAAGGACCUAGUGAAGCUGCAGGCCGGCGAGUACGUGUCGCUCGGCAAAGUGGAGGCGGAGCUGAAGACGUGUCCCAUAGUGGAGAACAUAUGCGUGUACGGGGACAGCUCGAAGACGUACACGGUGGCGCUGCUGGUGCCCAACCCCCGGCACCUGGCCGAGCUGGCCGCCAGGAUCGGCCUGCCCGAGAUGGACUUCGACCAGCUGUGCCAGAACGGCGAGGUGGAGAAGGCGGUGGUGAAGGAGCUGGCCGAUCAUGCGAGAAAAUGUGGCCUAGAGAAAUUCGAAGUGCCGGCCGCGGUUAAACUGUGCACGGAAGUGUGGUCACCGGACAUGGGGCUCGUGACGGCGGCCUUCAAGAUCAAGAGGAAAGACAUCCAGGAGAGGUACAAGGAGGACAUCAAGAGGAUGUACGCCUCGUGAGACGCUCGCACGCUUCGGUACUAAGCCCUAGGCUGGCCUAGGUUGUCUAGAUGGGGGGGAGGGGUGUAGUGUAAUUUUUUUUAGUGUUGUGUAUAAGAUGCCUUGGUUUCAUCAGAUGUUUGUAGUGGAUAGUUGUGCAGAUUAAAAAUGUCGAAAGUCAAAAUGUCAAAAAUGGUGAAUCUUUAAGUUUUUUAAGUUAUCAUUUAAGGAUUGAGACAAAUAUAAAUCAAAAAUGUAUGAUGUGAACAAAAUUUAAACAUCAUCCGAACUCAUUAAUUUUAUUAGUUUUAAAACCCAUUAAGACACUUAUAGGAGACUGAAUUUAAGUUUAAUUGGAUCAAAAUAAGUUACCUCGGAAAUGUAAAAUGUCAGUUUUUUGAUUAUUAUCACUUUCUUUAUGUUAUAACACAAGCACUACAAACCUCCACCUUGUAUAAAUAUCACGAAUUGUAAGAUCUUUCGUGGUGUGCAGUACCGGAGCUCAAAAUAUCGACUUCUAUGAUACAAGCCUCUAAGAAGUCGGUCCACACUCUGCCUCUAUGAGGUUUUCGGCUUUUAAAUUCGUUUGUAAAUGGUUGUAUAAAUAUCAUGUAAUAUUGCUUGAGAUUAAAUUUUAUUUGUAUAUCGUGCAUCACACUAUGUUAAGGUGUUAUAUUUUAUGUAUGCCAAAUAAAGUGUUAUGGACCGGUUAUAACAAUAUAUAUAAUUCAAGUUUUUCUGUAAUAUACGGCGAUGUAACUUCUCUUUGUAUAAUCAAACAAAUCACCUAACUUAAUUUUUUUUGUGUGAGCAUGUAAUAUUUCGUUUUUUCUUUUAUUCGGUUGGUCCAUAACAUUUUUAUUAUAUCGUCGUCGUAAAUGCAUAGUUUUAGAUUCCAUUGAAUCGUACUAUAAUUAAUCUGUGUUAAAUUUCCUUAAAAACUUGUAUAUACUUUAAUUAAAAUAAUAAAUUGUAGUUAUGAAAUUCUCGCCGUACUGUGUAAUGUAGCUUUUCUCUUUUAUAGAGCAGUAUACAUUUAGAUCUGAUGUUUAUAUGAAAUGUAAGUGAGACAUGAAGUGCAAUUGUUUUUGAUGUCAUGCGAUAGAUGUUCCAAGAUGGCGGCGGAAUAGACAACAAAAUGUAUGAACAACUCAAAUAUUAUUCUCUAUCGUAUUGGGUAAAUAAUUUAGUUUAGAUUUAUCUGUCGUGUGACGAUUUAGAAAUUGGCCUAGUGUAUCCUAUAUAGGUCGGUCUGCGUCGACUCGUUUCGGCGCGGACGAAUAAAAUAAAACUUUAAAAAUAAGUAAUUGUUUUAGUACUUAGGGGGACGGGGAAGCAUGCCACUGUUGUAACAGCCGUAGUUCUCUAUUUAUUUAUGCGUUUCGAGCAUAAUCGAGUAACCAAAUGUUUUAGUUUUAUUAGGCGAAUGUACUCGUAGCGGCCCACGCGUGAAGCCUGAAUGUGAGAUUCAUCAGGCGAUUUUGUGAUUCGCGCGCCCAGGUUCUAGAUGUCGCAUUUUUAUUUCGAUAUGACGUUUUUUUUUUGUUUAAAUUAUUGUAAAUGUGUAUAUAUUGGUGGCACAUGUUAAUAACCUCAAUUUAAUGUUAUGGUGCACUGGGGUUUAGUAAUACGAGUCAUUUCUUAGAUUUUUUUUUUAUUUUCUUCAUCCAUCAUACACUUACAUGUAGUUGUAAUUGUUUGAUCAAUUGUUUUUAGUGUUAAUUAAAUCCGAGUGCAUCUCUCGCUGUUUAACUCGAUACUCGUUUAAGUAGGCUUUAAAUGGAGCAAAAGCAAUAAUGUGUUAACAUAAGCCAAUUCCGUUUAGCAUUUCAAAUAAUUACUACGCAUUUUCAGGCAUUUUGAGCCCUCUAUAAUCGAUGUUUUGUAAUAUAACUGCUGAUGCUAAAGCAGUCUGCUAACUUAAGUAUAUAUAGCUGUAUAUGAAUAUAAAAUUCCAUCAAUGUAUUUAUUUUAUAAGUGUGUAUGUUACUGUCAUAGGUAGCGGCAUAUUUUUUGAUGUUAAUCGUUUUGAAUCAAGUAAAAAUUGAAUGUUAAUCCAUGUCAGUAGGAGUCACUUGCUCAGUUAUUUUUUCGUUCGGUAUCCUUGAAUGUUUCAACUGAAAACGUUUUUUGUAUUAUUUAUUCAAUAAAUGAUGUUAAUAAAAUCA